AUGAUAAGGAAUGUGGCUGCAUUGUUGCUCAUGACGGUAAGUUUGGUCGGGGCUCAGCUCGAGGUUGAGUCUGAGAAGUUCAUCAAGUUAGAGCCGCGAAUUUUCAGUUAUAACAUUCAUUUGGUUAACGAUCUAAAAGUCCUUGGUAUAAUGGUGCACUGUAAGUCGAGGGAUGAUGAUUUGGGAGUUCAUUAUUUGCCUCAUCGGGGAGAUGAUUACCAUUUUGGUUUUAAUGUUAAUGUUUGGCAAUCAACCCUCUUUUGGUGCAAAGUGGAAAAGCAGAAUACAUACAUCUCCUUUGAAUCCUUUUGGACAGAGGUACGCCACACAUGGCUUCGUGAUAGAUGUCAAGAUGGAAGUGUAGGAACUUGUAUCUGGAAGGUCAAAGAUGAUGGAAUUUACUUGAGAAACAAUGCAGCUAAUACCGAAGAAUUGGUUCAUACUUGGAUUAUUAUGAGAUAA